AUGGCCCCGACCAAGGCAGAGCUCUCCCUGCUCAUCAAUCCCCUCGUUCCCGAGGCUGUGCAGCACAAUAACCGCACACACUCCCUGUCCUCUCGCAAUUCUACACGCAGGCUAAUUUUCGCCUUGGAUCUUCUCUCACCCAAACAGGUCCUAUCAUCGCUCCAUUCCCUCACAGCGUUCCUCCUUGGCCUCUCGGCCGGAAUCCUGGCUCUCCAAUCCACCGCCGGCUUUGCAUUCUACUUUGCCGGCACGGUGCUGGUAUCCGCGCUCUUCCACGUGAUGAUUCUGAAGCGCUCCUCCGGCGCCGGAGCAGGCGCUUAUUUCCCCGGGAGCAGCGGGGGCGAGAUCGAGGGACAGGUCAGCAUGGAAGGCACUGCGGUGCGCUUGCAAAAGGGCGGCAAGAAGGGUGGAUAUAUCUUGCGUCGGGGCGGCUGGAGGGAUGUCUGGUUCGGUGGUGGUGUGUUGAGUGAAGCGUUGAGUGGGUUUGUGUUGGGUUGGGCGGGUGUUGGUGGUGUUUUGAGGUAG